CGAUUCCCAGUCAGAAACCCGCGAUUUCAAUGCAGGCAGGACCGUCUCAGCAGAGAAAGUUAAGAGUUGAUCCAUUUUUUCCCGUCAGUUUCAUGGUGUAAACAGUUGGCAUCAUGCCGAAGGUUCAGGUAGCUCUUCUAAAUCGGAAGUCUGUUUUCCAAUCGGGCUCCGACAGAGCGGUUUUGAGCUGAGGCGGAAACCAAGUUAAAAACGGAGAGUUUUUAAACGGAGUCUGGUUUGUUUUCUCGCAUGGAGGUGGACAUCCUGCAGUUCAGGGUCCCUGUGGAAAAUAACAAGACCCUAUUCGUUUGGGACAUCCCGCCGGUUGUGACCCAGGAUCAGGUUUAUGAGCAGCUGUCUCAAGCAUUCUCCUCCUUUGGACCUAUUUACCUGUUGAAGGUGUGUCCUAAUGCUCCUCUCCACCCACCUGGUUUCUACGCCAUCAUCAAGUUCUACUCUGCUGCUCACGCCGCCAAAGCCCAGAACCUCACAGAUGGAUGUCCACUGCUCCACCAGCCUGCUCUCAAGUGUUUGUCUCUGCAGGUGAAGCUGAGCUCCAAACAGACUCCUCACUUCCUGUCUGGCAGAAGCACACCUCUGAACCAUGCCCGCUGUGUGGAGCUGGCCAAUCGCUGCCUGGGUUUCAAUGGCUGGACCUCUGACAUCAUCACACUGAAGGAACUGACAAGUGAAGAAGAGGAGGAUGAGGAGGAGGAUGAGGGCGGGGUCCGGCGGCGGUUACGGUUCGGUUGCAUGAUGAAGCUCAGCUUUCCUCAGCAUGGAGUGACGACCAGAGGAGUCGCAGUGGUGGAGGAGAGCUUCACCUGUGCAGGUCCAGAAGUUCUCCUGCAGAGACGCUGUAAGCUGCAGAGGUCGGUCAGAGAGAAAGCUCUGGUUCAGGCCUUUUCCUCAGUGCUGCUCAUCCUUCUAGGUAAUGGUAAGGUGAUGGUGGAGCUGAAACAGACCUCAGAUCAGUUUGAAGCUGAAGAGACUGAAGACAUCCUGCAGGUCAACGAGUUCUCGCCCUCAGAAGCUUUGGCUGAUGAGGAGGAUGAGGAUGAAGACUGGGAUCUGACUGUGUCCUAGAGUGUCAGCAUCUGACUUAUUCAAAGAACUGAUCUGAAAUCAGCUAUCUGCUCCUAUACGCAACACUUAAUGAACCAAAGCUGUCUUUGGGUCAGACCCAGUUUAUCUCACUGGGGGGCGCUCGCUGUACUGUUUACUGAGGGUCCCUUAAGUCUGAAUAAAAAUGUUUUCUUAUGUUUCUAAAGAAUUAUUUUUUUUAAUAAUAAACACUUCUGGACGAA